AUCUUUCACUUAAAAAAAUAGCAUUGCAUUAUAGAGGUGUCUUACCAUUAUUGAAUUCCUGUUGAUAUUAGUUCCACUUGCUUCAAUUCUUCUGUGAAAGCUUACACACAAUCAAAGUAACUAACAAAAAAUUUCAGAUCUAGAGUUGCAUUAUCACACACAAACUGAUCUAGAGAUUGAAGAAUGGCUUGUGUAGCAGUAGCUUCUCUUGUGAGAACAAUAGAGAUUGAGUUCUUGCAAUAUAAGCCUCGUCCACUUGUACUGCACAAUCAUCUCAUCUCUUCCAACAAACACUUGAUCCAAUCUUUCCACCAAAAUCUUGGAUUUCUAAUAUGUCAGCUCGAGGAGGAAAGAAUCGAUGGUGUUGAAGCAGUUAAACGCUUGGAAACCAAGCUCAGGGAUUUAGCUUUCAGAGUGGAAGAUGAAAUCGAAUUCCUAGUAGCACACCUUUAUGAUUAUGAAUAUUUAGACGGAAUAGCAGAUCUCUUUGUGGAAGAGAGGGACACAAAUGCGGAGAAGACGACUCAGCCUUGUGUGAAACUUGGUCAAGUUUUUCAAAGUGCAAUGGAAGAAAUUGAAGCCAUCAAGGAAGAGUUGGUGAAAAUCAAGAAUAUGGACGAGGCAGAAGGAAGAAAGACAGCCCCUGAUGUUAUACGAAGGUCUGAAGUUCUUUCCUCCCAGCACGCUUCACACUCCAAGGAACAAAUGGUCGGGAAAGAAGACGAGUUUGGGACAAUCAAGAAGCUGCUAACUGAAUUUGGAUCCAAGGAAAAAAAAGUUGUAUCAAUUAUAGGUAUGGGAGGAAUCGGUAAAACAAAUUUGGCCAGACAACUUUAUGAAGAUUCAUCAGUUUCUAUCCACUUUGACGUGCGAGCUUGGGUUGUCGCAUCACAGCUUCACAAUAAGAGGCAAAUGCUUGUAGGUCUUCUUAAUUCAAUUUCCAAACAAGGCAACCUAGAAAACUCCACUGAUGAGGAUCUUGCUUUAAAACUCUACCAAUGUUUAAAGCGUCAAAGGUACAUGGUUGUGGUUGAUGAUGUGUGGAGUGGUGAGGCAUGGGAUGAUGUUAGCAAUUGCUUUCCUGAUGAUGGAAAUGGGAGUCGAGUAUUGUUAACUACUCGUCUCGUAGCAGUGGCAAAUUAUAUUAGCUCCGACAAUGACUUUUUUCAUCAUAUGCAAUUAUUGGAUCAAAUUGAUAGUUGGAAUUUAUUUUGUGAAAAGGCAGGUAAAUCUCGUGGUGCUGCAUUUGAGAUCAUCGGGAAGCCAAUUGUUAAAAAAUGCAAAGGAUUGCCUCUAGCAAUAAUUGUGGUUGCCGGACUAUUCUCCAAACUCAACACACUAAAUGAGUGGGAGAAUAUUGCAAAAGCUCUAGAUUCUUCUACAACAACAACUAUUGCGGAAACAUGUUCAAAAAUACUCUCACUCAGCUACAAUCACUUGCCUCACCACUUAAAGUGGCUGAAAGGUACAUACAAGAACUUAUGGAUCGAAACCUAAUUCUUGUGAGCAAGUGGAGUUGUUGUGGAAGAAAAAUUAAAGUGUUUGGGGUGCAUGAUUUAUUGCAUGCCUUUUGUGUGAAAGAAGCUCAAAAUGAGAACCUUCUGCAU